AUGGCUGCCCAGCUAUUUACCAGCGACAAUGUCGCGGAACUCAUAAACCUUGGCAGCUGUGCCCUGGUCGACCUGAACUCCUUCGUGGGAAAUUGUUUCACCACCCACUCCAAGAUCGAGCCUAUAAAGUCGAAGCUGAGAGAGUUCCAAGCAGUCGUCAACCGCGCAAACACAUUCGCCAAGGGGGUCAUGACGAGCCCCGAAGUCAGAUCUAGCAUUGACAUCCACGCCGGCAUUUGCACCGAAAAUAUCACCAGACUGAAAUUAGACUUGGACCAGCACACGGCACAGAACUGCUGGGCCUCUGGAGCGAACACUCUGUUCAGGGAUGCAACACUCACGCAUGCGAAUCGUGUAACGGUGUCUCUCGCCGCGCUGGAUUUGAACUGCAAUAUUGCACUGAAGUCAUUCAAGCGCUGUAAUGUCAUUACGAGCGGAGACUCCCUCUCACUGCAAAUAUUCAAAUCGGAUCUUCUUGACAAAAUGUAUCCAUCAACUAUUUUUGCUCUCAUCAGCGCGGCCGAGACGCGUGCUCUGUCUUUCAAUCAGCACCCGCCUCCUGCGCCUCCGCCCCGUCCGCCUUACAAUGCACCAGCUCCAUCCCGGGUUACUACAAUGGCGGCCCCGGUUCGCCCGCCUUUCAAUCAGCCAGCUGCCCCGCAAGCUGCCCCGCAAGCUGUCGGAAUGGCUGGCCUGGCUCCUAGCCGGCGAGCUGCUCCGUCUUUCAAUCCGCUCCCGCCCCGUCCGCCUUACAAUAUACCAGCUCCAUCCCGGGGUGCUACAAUGGCGGCCCCGGUUCGCCCGCCUUUCAAUCAGCUAGCUGCCCCGCAAGCUGCCGGAAUGGCUGGUCCGGCUCCUAGACGGAGAGCUGCUUCCUACUCGGCCAGCAGGCCUGCUCAGCCUUUUACUCCGUCUCCUAAUCAUUUUGCUCCGCCUAGGCCCCCCGCGGGGGUACCUACACCUUCUGGCCAGCAAGCUACUCCGAACGGUGCCGGUAUGCUUGCUCCGUCUCGCAUAAACUCUCACGCAAGCGUGACACCUGCUCGACCCCCCGAGCAACGACCUGUUCCCCAAAACGUCGGGAUGUAUGGCAGUUUUGCUAGCUCCCGAAUCGUCCCUCAGAGUGCCGGACAGGGAAAUGGCCCUUUUCCACAGUCUGGUCAACAGCAAAUUAUUAUCCAAAACGCUCACACAGUUAAUCUCACUGGCCCAGGGAACGAGGUUUACACAACUGGAAGGGCACAAGACAAUGGAAACUCACGAACUAGGAGAUGA